CUCCCAUCUCCCCCCAUCUCCUCUCAGGAGUCACCUCGGCCCAAGGCAUCCGCGCGGUGCUCGACGGCGCCGGCGCCAGGGGCAGCCGGAUGCUCUGCCGCAGGGCGCUGGCGGAACCACAGCCUUGAGCCUGGGGGGCAGGGCGGCCGCGUAGGCCUGCACGAUGGCCUCCCCCUUGGACCUCGGAUCGGACGAGGUGUACACUGGGCACAUCAAGUCGUACAACGACCGUCGCGGCUUCGGCUUCAUCGCCUGUCAGGAGACGGCGAAGAGGUUCGGACGGGACGUGUACAUAGCGAAGACAGAGGCGCAGCUGGCGGCCGCCGAGGCCGCUGGGGACGAGGCGGCGAUCGCCCAGAUCCUUGCGGCCGCGCAGGAGAAGGCAGAGAAGAAGGAGGAGGCCGCGGCAGCCGGGGCCUCGGGCGAGAAUGGGGGCGGCAGCCAGCCCCCGGGCGAGAAGCCGCCGCCGCCGCCUCGGCUGGCGGAGGAGGACCUGGUGCACUUCCAGGUGCGUCUCAGCGUCGAGGGCUUCCCGCAGGCGCACAGCGUGCAGAAGCUGCAGAAGUUCGAGGGGGUGGUGAGGACGCCUGUGGGCGAGGACGGCAGCGCCGGCCGCAUCGCCAGCCAGGGCCUGCCGAGCUACAUCGGCGAGUCGGAGGUGGACGUGCGACAGGACGGGUGCGGGCAGGUGCGGCUGGUGGCCGGCGACCAGGUCACGUUCUGCGUGAAGGGGCUGCUCGAGGGGAAGCCUGCCCCGGCCGGCGACCGAGCCGCCGCGGUCGUGUCCCUCAUGGCGACGGGCCGGUCCAGCGGCUCUGUCCUGGGCUACUUCCGCCUGGAGCUGCCGCGCCCGCCAGGCCCAGAGGGGCAGGCUGCGCGGGAGGACCUGAGGCUCGAUUGCCACGCGUUCGGCGAGAAGAUCAUCCUGGCCGGGCUGCCCCCGGACACGCAGGAGUCGGAGCUGUCGAGGUUCUUCACCAAGCAGGGCGCGACCAGCAUCAUCGUGGCACACGCGAAGGGGUGCAGUUUCGCGUCCGUGUCCUUCCCCAGCAUCCUCGACGUGGCGCGCCUGCUGGCCCGCACGGCGCACGCAUUCGCGGACGACAAGGAGACCCGCAUCGCGACGCUACUGUCGUACACGGACGAUGACGACGCGCUGACGUCGGCGCAGUUGCCGGCGUUGCCAGCGCCGCUGCUGGGCGCCGGAGAGGAGCCAGGCUCGCUGCUGGUCGUGUGGUCGCCGCUGGUCCUGGCGGUGGGCUACUCGGUGGAGCUGCGGGCGGCGGACGGCGUCCAGCCAUGGGCCACGGUGGACGUGGCGGCGGGCCGCAUCGGCUCAGGCUCGAGCCGCUUCGACGCCGAGUGCUCCUCGUGCAAGGUGACGGGCCUCAGCGAGAGCACUCUGUACGAGGCCCGCGUCACAUAUUUCACCUCGGUGGGGUCCCGCUCCGAGGCCUCGGACCCCUCUGAACAGUGCGCGCCGCUGGCAGCAGGGGCGACCCCAGGGCCACCAGCGGGCGCGCCACCGCCGCUCGCCACGCCAGGGGUGGCGGACCCGGCCGCGCCGCCCGCACUGUCCUACCAGAUUGGCGCGCCGCCGUGCUGGCCGCCGCCCAGCAUGCCGGGCGGCGCCCCCAUGUGGCCCAGCUGGGGCACGGACAUGGCGCCGCCGGACUUCCAGGCGGCGAUGGCGGGGGCCAUGGCGCCCCCGCCCAUGAUGCCGCCCCCGCAGUCGCUGGCGGACGGCAGCUUCGGGUCGACCGUGCCGCCGCCCUUCAGUCCCUCGCCGGGGUGGCGGUGCAUCCACGGCACCGUCAUCCCCCCGCCUUCGGCCCCGGAGCUGCAGGCGGACCCGUCCGGGUUCGCGAUCACUGUGCAGUGGCCCUCCGUCGCGCACGCGAUUUCCUACGUGGUGGAGCUGCGCGAGGCGGGGUCGGCCUCGGCAGAGAGGUUCAUCCGGUCCGCGCCUAUGGCGACCUUGGGCUCGCUCGUGGAGCUUCGCAUAGGGGGCCUCAGGCCUGGCGGUGGCCCUGGCCGCGCUUACACAGCCUGCGUCCGGUGCGUCAGCAUGUGCAACUGCGAGUCCGCGCCGUCGGAUCCCGGCUGGUCGUCGCCCCUCGGCACCGCUGCCGCGCCGCAGGCCCCGCCCUGUGGCGCAGCGCCCGUGCCGGUGUCGCCGCCGCUGUCGACGGGCCUCCCGCCGCCGCCGCAGCCGCCUGCCCAGGUGCCGGACGCGGCGCAGGCAUGGACGCCGUGGAUGGGCGUCCAUCCCGAGGCCCCGCCGCUGUCCUCCCUCGGCGCCAGCCACUGGCCGGGCCUGGGCCUGGCCCGCCCUUGCGCGGACCCGGGCAUGCAGCUGGCGGCCGCCGGGAUGCCUCCCCCGCUGCCCCCGCUCACGGCGCCCCCAGCGGCGCCCCCGGGCCCCCCGGCGCCGCCGGCGCAUGCGCCCGCCGCGGGGCCCCCUGCGGCGCCGCUGGCACCGGGGGCGCCGACGAGUCCCCCGCCCUCCGCCCCACCCACGGGGCUCCUGGGCGUGGGGGCCUCCUUGCCGAAGGAGGCCCCGCCGGAGGCCGGCAGGCAGGAGGACUGUUUGAUCCUGGACUGAGGCGGCCGGCGUGUGUAGAAGUAUUGGUUGAUCUAGCCGCCUGUUGGAGGUCGGCGACAGCCUCCCAAGAUCGGCCAUGCUGGCGUAUCCCAGGGAACAUUGAGGGGCAGAGAGGAACA